AUGGAGGAACCAAGGCAGCCCUAUUCUCCAUCAAAUCUGCCACCGGCUGAACCAGUGUCAAGGGUCACCAUGAAGACCUUCCUGAGUGUGAUCACUAUCUUCGUUGUUGCUCAACUUGUGGGCACCGUCCUCUAUAUUUUGCACCUUCACAUCAAGUUAGACAAGAUGAGCAAUGAGCUGAUGUUACAUGAAGAUUACGUGUUCCUGAAGCGAGUGCAGAGCUGUCGGAAACCGCAGGGGGAGGAGAUCUCCUUUCUCGAUUGCGCGAAGAUUUCAGAAAGCUUCCGAGAACUGAUGGAUUCUUCCCAAAAGGUUCCAGAUCAAAUUGUGCCAGCUAUGCAAACAAGUUACCCAAAGCGAGGUUCAAGCAUUCACUUGGCAGGUGUGAGCGGCGGGAAGAAAGCUCUACACUGGAAGAAUACGAUCUAUGCCCCAAAGGAUGAUGCGUUCUCCAACCGGGAUGGCGAAAUCACAGUUAGCCAAGACGGGCGCUAUUACAUUUACGCCCAAGUCACCUUCUGUAGCCAACCAGAGCUGCGUGCCCCGUUCAACGUCUUCGUCUAUCUCAAACUGCCGUUGGAGACAGAUCAACUGCUACUGAAAGGGGUGGGGACCUACAGCACUUCAGUGGACCUCUGUGGCUUGCAGUCCAUCCACGUGGGAAGGGCUGUGGAGCUCCAGUCCGGCCACACCAUCUUUGCCAACGUCACGGACAUCUCCAGAGUACAAUACGCCCACGGGAAUACCUACUUUGGCCUUAUUCAGCUCUCCUAGAAAAGGGGCUUCUGUUCUGUGGCCCGCCAUCCCUUCUCCUCUCCUCUUAACCGUAUUUAUGAACUCUUUGGUUCAAUUUCUUUUGUAGAUGUAUUUUAUUUAAUUUAUUAAGCAGGAGGGGAGGGUAAAUUGUUCAAAUCUGAAGGUUAUCAAAAUACAAGCGGCCCUUAAAAGGAGAAGAUAGCAGUGGUUUGUUACAUGUUGAAAGGCUGAGACAGCAUCUCACGUGGCUUCCAGGACAGUCGCUGAAGGAGAAAGCGGUGGGCCUCUUAAUUCCAUGCGGGCUUUGCUAGUAGAACUUACUGAUGGACCAUAUGUCACUGGGGAAGCAUCUGUUUCAUCCUGGAGGCCCACACCAGGUCACAGUUACCUCCAAAGAGGACUAAGAAAGACCCUGAGGAAGAACUGCUUGCUCCUCACCAUCAACCAACGUUCCCCAAUCUGAUGUUCUUCAGACGUGCUGAGAUGCCAACUGCAAACAUGUUUAGUCAACAGGCCAGCUUUGCACAACAUAUAAACUCUCCUAUGAUUAUAUAUUCAAGGGUGGCUCAGGGGCUAGGACGUUGAGCUUGUCGAUUGAAAGGUCGGCAGCUCAGCGGUUCGAAUCCCUAGUGCUGCGUGUAAAGGGGUGAGCUCCUGUUACUUGUCCCAGCUUCUGCCAACCUAGCAGUUUCGAAAGCACGUAAAAAUGCAAGUAGAAAAAAUAGGGACCACCUUUGGUGGGAAGGGAAGAGCGUUCCGUGCGCCUUUGGCGUUGAGUCAUGCCAGCCACAGGACCACGGAGACGUCUUCAGACAGCGCUGGCUCUUCAGCUUUGAAACGGAGAUGAGCACCGUUUCGACUAGCACGUAUGUGCGAGGGGAACCUUUACCUUAUGAUUAUAUAUUAGUAUAUUUUGUAAAAGACUAACGUGUUUAACAGACUAACAGAGUUGGAAGGGACUUUGGAGAUCUUCUAGUCCAACCCCCUGCAUAGGCAGGAGACCCUAUACAGUAUCAUUCCAAACCAGCAGCUGUUCAGUCUCUUCUUAAAAACCUCCAGUGAUGAAGCACCCACAACUUCUGGUGGCAAGCUGUUCCACUGGUUAAUUGUCCUCACUGUCAGGAAGUUUCUCCUUAAUUCCAGGUUGCUUCUCUCCUUGGUUAGUUUCCAUCCGUUGCUUCUUGUCCUGCCUUCUGGUGCUUUGGAGAAUAGCUUGACACACACCCCCUCUUCUUUGUGGCAACCCCUUAGAUAUCGGACACUGAUAUCAUGUCACCCCCUAGUCAAUCUCAUUUCUAGACUUGUUGUUAGUGCCUGACCCAUCGCAACCCCAUGGACAACGUUCCUCCAGGCCUCCCUGUCCUCUACCAUCCUCUGGAGUCCAAUUAAGCUCAAACCGACUGCUUUGGUGACUCCAUCCAGCCACCUCGUUCUCUGCCGUCCCCUUCUUCUUUUGCCCUCAAUCUCAAUCUCUAAACUAGGCAAACCCAAAUCCUGCAACCGUUCUUAAUAUGUUGGACCCAAGGAAAAAAAACAUUGGCGGAAGUAGCCAUGAGAUGACAAAAUCUUGGCUCAGAUGGGUCCCAAACUGAACUUUCACAGCUCAAAGUGAUGUUGUGUAGGGUCAAAGAUGACAACUCCUUAGCCUUACGUGUUAAGCAGGCAACCAGCUCUACUGAAUUAUAAAUACGGCGGUUUAGCCGUGUUGGCGGAAAUGAGCCUGUGCGCAAUGAAAUGACAAAACAGUUCCAUCUCAUCUGUUCGUUACACCGCCUGCCAAAUGGUUGAAAUAACAUAUUUUCUUUUGCUGAUAUUUUCUGCUUAAACUUCUGGGGGCUGUGGUUGUUUUUAAGGGAGCCUUUUGCAAUGACCUCCUUUCGUUUUUAGCCAGAACUAAACUACUCCGACCAGAGAAAUAACUUGGCAGCCCUGUUAUCAUGAAAAGAUGAGACGUACACUUGUAAAGGCACAGCCUGUUUUUUUUUUCUUUUAAAAAUCCUCUUUUAUUUCCUUGAAAACAAAAAAUUUAAAAAUUUCUCAAAAUAAAAAUAUUUUUUAGAAAAAAAAAGGGUUUUGUUUGUACCAGUUGUGGUGGGCCGGAAAUAAAAACGUAACAAGAGAGAAAUUGAAAAGCAAAGAAAGGAAGCAAUAAGAUAAAAUCUUAACAGAAACCUAUUUACAUAAAACUGUAAAUAUAUAUUUAUAUGUAUUUAUAUAUAUAUAUU